AUGGAAGUCAUUGCACGGAUGAGCCAGUACAAGCAAGGCGAUAUGCUCGCAUCAGCUGUACCAUCAGCCCCUCUCCAUGACAAGUCACUCAUCCGGGGACAUUCUGCGGCCUAUGAACAAUAUCUCCUCCUUAGCAUAUGUCAUCCUUCUCCACAGUACACUCUACAACCACUGUCAUCGCCAAUGUCCCAAGUCUUUUGCUUGUGCACGGUGCGUAAUGUAGCUGCAGUCCAGCGUGGCGAACAUGCACGCCCCUUGAUGCUUUAUGCGGGCUGCUAG